CUGUAUGUAUGUCACAAGGCUGGCUGAGUGGUGACACGUCAGACCCGGAAGAAACACAGACAGACAUUAGUUAUGAGUGAAACUGAGACGCAACUGGUACCGUUCAGAAGGUGUAUUGCAAAAUAAAAAGGUUUUAAACACAAAACAGGACACGGCACUUGAGCCAAAAUAAACAGACAAACAAAACGGCGGUGGACUAACAGACAAACGAACAAACACGCAGCCAUAUUAUUCAAGGAGGGUGAAAACACUCCAGCUUAAUGUGUUGAGCAUCCUACAAAAAUCAAGAAGGGACAGGGAAGAAGCUCCCUCAAGAGUGGAAUGAGCUCACAAUAGGGUUGAGAAUCUUCUGAACCACUGUGCUGAAAAUAGUACCCUUCAAUUUUCCAACACCCUGUGAAUCCAGACCCACUGUUACUCCACAUCGCUGCAAUGAGGGCAUUAGAGGUGGCUCGUGUUGCUCUUAUACUAGGCACACUCGUUCUGGUUUGUCUAACGGCAAAUAUGGCUUUAAAACCUGGACGGAGAGAUGUUGUUGGACGAAAUUCAAAUGCACUCCUUGGAGACAGAACUUAUAAAUGUGGACUGUCAAAAGCAUGUCCUCAAGGACACUUUGUUUUUAAAAUUCAGACGGGAUCAGCCAAUAUUAUUGGACCAACCAUUUGUUUUGAAGACAAAGUCCUAUUGAGAAGUACAUUGAAUAAUGUUGCAGUUGGACUGAACAUUGCACUGGUAGAUGGUAAGACUGGGAAAUUGAUCAAGACUGGUGCCUUUGAAACUCACAAUAUCAACAAUGCAUUGAAGUUCUUACAAGACAUCGAUGAAAGGACGCUUGUUUUAGUGGCUUCGUUUGAUAACAUGGGAACAGUAAUGAAUGAUGAACUUAAACAACUGUUUACCAAGUUGGGAAGCAGCUAUGUGAAUUCCAUAGGUUAUCGGGAUAACUGGAUUUUUAUUGGAUCAAAAGGGAUCAAUGGAAAAAGUCAGUUUGAAGAGUACAUGAAAAAUGUUAAGGAAACAAACUUGUACGAAGACUGGCCCAAGACUUUGCUAUUGAAUGGCUGCAUACCUGCAAAUUCUACUUCUGCCACAGCUUCUGGUUUCUGAGAUGCGGAGUCCCAGACUGCACUGGGGCACUGUUGUACUUUUCAUCACCGGAGUCUCCCACCCACUAGAUUCAGUUUGUCCACGCAGUCUAUACCCUAUAGACUUCAAAAUAAUGAAUUGCAAAUGACUACUCCGCGGCUCAAGAUCCUAUUUGUAAUUGGUUUCAAUUUCUUUCAAUUUGUCUUGUGAUUUAUCUUUAAUUCUUUAUUGUUCAGGUUUUCCAGCAUUGGUACUGGAAGCCUUUUAAUAAACAUUCUUUGUAUUGUUAUAUCCUA